AUGGCGCAAAUAUUACCGAUACGUUUUCAGGAGCAUUUACAGCUCACAAAUGUGGGCAUCAAUCCAGCCUCCAUAUCGUUCAACACACUCACGAUGGAGUCGGACAAGUUCAUCUGUGUCCGUGAAAAAGUCGGUGAGACUGCGGAAGUAGUGAUCAUCGAUAUGGCCGACCCCACCAACCCCAUCCGUCGGCCAAUCAGUGCUGAUUCUGCCAUCAUGAAUCCGGCCAGCAAGGUCAUCGCUCUGAAGGGGAAAGCAGGGGUUGAAGCAGCUCAAAAGACCCUGCAAAUAUUCAACAUCGAGAUGAAAUCGAAGAUGAAGGCCCACACGAUGACCGAAGACAUCGUCUUCUGGAAGUGGAUCUCCCUGAACACCCUCGCUCUGGUCACCAAGAUGUCGGUGUACCACUGGUCCAUGGAGGGAGAUUCCACUCCCGUGAAGAUGUUUGACAGGCAUGCGUCCCUUGCUGACUGCCAGAUCAUCAACUACAGGACCGAUCCGAAACAACAGUGGCUGCUGCUAGUUGGUAUCUCAGCCCAGCAGAACCGUGUGGUUGGCGCGAUGCAGCUCUAUUCAGUAGAGCGCAAGUGCUCACAGCCGAUCGAAGGCCACGCCGCCUCCUUCGCGACCUUCAAAGCUGAGGGCAACGCGGAACCCUCAACCCUCUUCUGUUUCGCCGUCAGAACCGCCCAGGGAGGCAAACUGCAUAUUAUUGAGGUGGGCCAAACACCAGCAGGGAACCAGCCAUUCCUCAAGAAAGCAGUGGACGUGUUCUUCCCAGCCGAGGCCCAGAACGACUUCCCCGUCGCCAUGCAGGUGUCCCCGAAAUAUGACGUCAUUUACCUCAUCACGAAAUACGGCUACAUUCACAUGUACGACAUUGAAACUGGUACCUGUAUCUACAUGAACAGGAUCUCUUCUGAUACCAUCUUUGUGACCGCUCCCCAUGAAGCCACUGGUGGAAUUAUUGGCGUCAACCGCAAAGGCCAAGUACUAUCAGUGACUGUAGAAGAAGACUCCAUUGUGCCCUACAUUAACACGGUGCUCCAGAACCCUGAACUCGCACUACGUUUAGCUGUGCGCAACAACCUCGCGGGGGCUGAGGAACUGUUCGUUAGGAAGUUCAACAUGCUCUUCACCAACGGACAGUACGGAGAGGCUGCUAAGGUAGCAGCGAUGGCUCCCCGUGGCAUCCUCCGCACCCCGCAAACCAUCCAGCGCUUCCAGCAGGUCCCCACUCAGCCCGGACAGACAUCUCCACUGCUGCAGUACUUCGGUAUCCUGCUGGAUCAAGCACAGCUAAACAAGUUCGAGUCACUUGAGCUCUGCCGUCCUGUGUUGCUGCAAGGUCGCAAGCAGCUCCUAGAAAAAUGGUUGAAAGAAGAGAAACUGGAAUGCUCUGAGGAGCUCGGAGAUUUGGUAAAGCAGGUGGACCCCACCCUCGCCCUGUCCGUCUACCUCCGCGCUAACGUCGCCAGCAAGGUCAUCCAGUGCUUCGCUGAGACUGGACAGUUCCAGAAGAUUGUGCUUUAUGCUAAGAAGGUGGGCUACACCCCAGACUACAUCUACCUCCUUCGUUCCGUAAUGCGAACAAACCCCGAGCAAGGCGCAGGUUUCGCCGGUAUGUUAGUAGCCGAGGAACCUCCCCUCGCAGACAUCAACCAGAUAGUGGACGUGUUCAUGGAACAGAACAUGGUGCAGCAAUGUACUGCCUUCUUGUUGGAUGCUCUCAAGAACAACCGGCCAGAGGAAGGACCGCUGCAGACUAGGCUGUUGGAAAUGAACCUAAUGUCGGCGCCGCAAGUAGCGGACGCGAUCCUGGGCAACGCGAUGUUCACCCACUACGACCGCGCGCACGUGGCGCAGCUCUGUGAGAAGGCCGGCCUGCUGCAGCGCGCGCUCGAGCACUACACCGACCUCUACGACAUCAAGAGGGCUGUGGUCCACACACACCUCCUCCCCGCUGACUGGCUGGUGACUUACUUUGGAAGCCUCUCCGUAGAAGAUUCCCUAGAAUGCCUCAAAGCGAUGCUUCAAGCGAACAUUCGCCAAAACCUGCAAAUCUGCGUGCAAAUCGCCACAAAGUACCAUGAACAGCUGACUACUAAAGCCCUGAUUGAGCUGUUCGAGAGCUUCAAGACGUAUGAAGGUCUAUUCUACUUCCUGGGGUCCAUUGUCAACUUCAGCCAGGAUCCUGAAGUCCACUUCAAGUAUAUUCAGGCCGCCUGCAAGACUGGUCAGAUCAAGGAAGUAGAGCGCAUCUGCCGCGAAUCAAACUGCUAUAACGCUGAACGUGUGAAGAACUUCCUGAAGGAAGCCAAGCUGCCCGACCAGCUCCCUCUCAUCAUAGUGUGCGACCGGUUCGACUUCGUCCACGACCUCGUACUGUAUCUGUACAGAAACAGCCUGCAGAAGUACAUUGAGAUCUAUGUGCAGAAGGUGAACCCAUCCCGUCUCCCGGUGGUAGUAGGUGGUCUGCUGGACGUAGACUGUGCUGAGGAUAUCAUCAAGAACCUGAUCCUAGUCGUACGAGGACAGUUCUCCACUGAUGAGCUGGUCGCUGAAGUCGAGAAAAGGAACAGGUUGAAGCUGCUCCUCCCCUGGUUGGAGACCCGCGUCCACGAGGGCAGCAACGAGCCCGCCACACACAAUGCCCUGGCUAAGAUCUACAUCGACUCCAACAACAACCCUGAGAGAUUCCUUAAGGAGAACCAAUGGUACGACUCCCGCGUAGUAGGUCGUUACUGCGAGAAGCGCGACCCGCACCUCGCCUGCGUCGCGUACGAGCGCGGACAAUGCGACCGGGAACUCAUCGCCGUCUGCAACGACAACUCUCUGUUCAAGACUCAGGCGCGGUACCUUGUCCGGCGUCGGGACCCUGACCUGUGGCUCGAAGUAUUGGCUGAGUCUAACCCCUUCAAGAGGCAGCUUAUUGACCAGGUGGUCCAAACAGCUCUCUCUGAAACGCAAGACCCAGAAGAUAUCUCGGUGACUGUAAAAGCAUUCAUGACUGCGGACCUGCCCAAUGAGUUGAUUGAGUUGUUGGAGAAGAUUGUGCUCGACAACUCUGUGUUCUCCGACCACAGGAACCUGCAGAACUUGCUUAUUCUUACUGCAAUAAAGGCGGACCGCAGCCGUGUAAUGGAGUACAUCAAUCGUCUCGAUAACUACGACGCGCCCGACAUCGCUAACAUCGCCAUUAAUAACGAACUCUAUGAGGAAGCCUUCGCUAUCUUCAAGAAGUUUGAUGUCAAUACUUCUGCUAUUCAAGUAUUGAUAGAACAAGUGAAAGACCUGGAACGUGCGUACGAGUUCGCCGAGCGUUGCAACGAGCCAGGCGUCUGGUCACAACUGGCCAAGGCACAGCUACAACAGGGACUCGUGAAGGAAGCCAUCGACUCGUACAUCAAGGCGGAUGACCCUUCAGCUUACAUGGAUGUAGUCGCCACUGCCACUAACAGGGAGUCCUGGGAGGAUCUCGUGCGAUAUUUGCAGAUGGCACGCAAGAAGGCGCGCGAAUCCUACAUCGAAUCAGAAUUGAUCUACGCAUACGCCCGCACUGGCCGUCUGGCGGACUUGGAAGAAUUCAUCUCGGGCCCCAACCAUGCAGAUAUACAGAAGAUUGGAGACCGAUGCUUUGACGACAAGAUGUACAAUGCUGCCAAGCUCCUCUACAAUAAUGUCAGCAACUUCGCACGUCUCGCCAUCACGCUUGUACAUUUGAAGGAAUUCCAGGGUGCGGUCGACAGUGCCCGCAAAGCGAACUCGACCCGUACGUGGAAGGAGGUUUGCUUCGCCUGCGUCGACGCGGGAGAGUUCCGACUGGCGCAGAUGUGUGGACUACACAUUGUUGUACACGCUGACGAACUCGAGGACCUCAUCAAUUACUACCAGGAUCGCGGGCACUUCGACGAGCUGAUCAGUCUGUUAGAAGCCGCUUUAGGAUUAGAACGCGCUCACAUGGGAAUGUUUACAGAGCUCGCCAUACUAUACUCCAAAUACAAGCCUGCCAAGAUGAGGGAACAUCUCGAACUCUUCUGGUCACGAGUUAAUAUUCCUAAGGUUCUCCGUGCAGCGGAACAAGCCCACCUGUGGUCUGAGCUAGUGUUCCUGUACGACAAGUACGAGGAGUACGACAACGCGGCACUCACCAUGAUGCAGCAUCCCACCGAGGCGUGGCGCGAGGGACACUUCAAGGAUAUCAUCACCAAGGUUGCAAACAUGGAACUCUACUACAAAGCUAUCCAAUUCUACCUGGACUACAAGCCUCUCCUGCUGAAUGAUCUACUUCUAGUCCUGGCUCCUCGCAUGGACCAUACCAGAGCCGUCACAUUCUUCACCAAGGCUGGACAUCUCCAGCUCGUGAAGGCAUACCUCCGCUCCGUGCAGAGCUUGAACAACAAGGCUGUCAAUGAGGCACUCAACUCCUUGCUUAUUGAUGAGGAAGAUUACCAGGGUCUACGAACAUCGAUAGACGCGUUCGACAACUUCGACACGAUCGCGCUAGCACAGCAGCUCGAGAAACACGAACUCACUGAGUUCAGAAGAAUCGCCGCCUACUUAUACAAAGGUAACAAUAGAUGGAAGCAGAGCGUGGAGCUGUGCAAGAAGGACGCUCUGUACGCGGACGCCAUGGAGUACGCGUCAGAGUCGCGCUCCGCUGAAGUUGCGGAGGAACUGCUCAACUGGUUCCUGGAGAGAGAUAACUAUGAGUGCUUCUCUGCUUGCCUCUACCAGUGUUACGACCUGCUGAAACCUGACGUGGUCAUCGAGUUGGCGUGGAGACAUAACAUCAUGGACUUCGCCAUGCCAUUCCUUAUCCAGACUGUCCGCGAGCUAACAACGAAGGUAGAGAAGCUGGAGGAGGCGGACGCCAAGCGCAGCACUGAGAGCGCCGAGCAUGAAGCUAAACCUGCCAUGAUCAUGGAACCACAACUUAUGCUUACUGCCGGUCCAUCGAUGCCGUACGCGGGAGUAGCAGCGCAACCUUCUCCGUACGCGUACGCGGCGCAGGCUCCGUCCCCGGCGCCCUACCACGGGUACGGCAUGUAG